AUGGGGAGAUUACCAUGUUCAAAGGUUCAACACCUGCGGAAUAUCGAUAAGGAAUACAAUGUACUAAGCAACUUACAAGCUUCAAAAUUCCAUAGCUUUCAGCUAGGCAAGAAGCUGUACACAAUCACACAAACUCCACGAAGUUGUAAAAGUGAAUUAAUUGCCAUUUGUAGCGGUCUAUUCCUAUCUUCAAGACUGUAA